GUGACACGUGACCUGGGGCGAAUAAAACCAUGGCGAGUGGCGCGCGAGCGCUCAGUUCAAUUAGCACAGCAGUAACAGCCGCCGCCCGCGCCGUUUCCCGCACUUCGAGUGAACGAGUUAAGUCUUUGCACCGAAUACUCAGAAGAUGGCCACCAUCAGAUUCGGCAGCAGCCUUGGAGCGAGCUCCAACUCUUCAGGGGAGAGGGCUCAGUUGGCGGAGCAGUUCGAUGAUUCAGCAAACCUUGACCCUGAAAGGCUGUUGCUGUGUCCCUACGAUCCAAACCAUCUGAUUCGUGCGUGUCGCUUCCCGUACCACCUCAUAAAGUGUCGAAAGAAUCACCCCAAGUUGGCGAAGGAGUUGAAGACUUGUCCCUACAACGCCCGCCACCUGGUCAAGCCACAGGACUUUGCACAUCACAUGGAAACCUGUGUGGACCGGGUCAGGGCGGACACGCCUGUGAUGGAUGAGUCCUGCAGAUUCAGUAAUCCACCCAGCACUUGGGUCAACCCCAGCCCGACUGAGGACUGGGAAGCAGAGGCUGACAAUGGUGCUGCGCCCUUCAUUUGGAAGAAAAGUUCGACCUCGGCCCCGAUGGCUGCAAGCAACCCCAGUGAGCACCUGGGACAGCACAUCCGAGCUCCCAACACUCUCCCCUGGUGAAGCUCCUGCGGCCGGUGUUUCACUGUUGUUUUAGCAAGUUCUUAAAGUCUUAGCUGGUUUUUGUUCACAUUGUGUGACGUUUUCAUUAAACUUUUGUA